GGGAGUAGAUCAAGCGUGUCCAGGUUGGAGAGCUGCCCUGUCAGACUAUGGACCCCGAGGUGUCCCUGCUGCUGCUGUGCCCUCUUGGGGGACUUUCCCAGGAGCAGGUAGCAGUGGAGCUGAGCCCGGCUCAUGACCGUCGUCCAUUGCCUGGAGGAGACAAGGCCAUCACUGCCAUCUGGGAGACUCGGCAACAGGCCCAACCUUGGAUCUUUGAUGCUCCCAAGUUCCGCCUUCACUCAGCCACACUGGUGUCCAGCUCGCCUGAGCCACAGCUGCUCCUGCACUUGGGUCUAACUUCCUACCGGGACUUCCUGGGCACCAACUGGUCCAGCUCAGCCUCCUGGCUGCGACAGCAGGGCGCUGCAGAUUGGGGUGACAAGCAAGCCUAUCUGGCAGACCCACUGGGGGUGGGUGCCGCACUGGUCACAGCUGACGACUUCCUUGUCUUCCUGCGCCGCUCUCAGCAGGUAGCGGAAGCUCCCGGACUGGUGGAUGUACCCGGUGGGCACCCUGAACCUCAGGCCCUGUGCUCUGGUGGCAUCCCCCGGCACAAGGACCUCCCCGGGUUGCUGGUGGUACGAGAACUCUUCUCCAGUGUCCUACAGGAGAUCUGUGAUGAGGUGAACCUGCCACUGCACACCUUGAGCCAGCCACUGUUGUUGGGAAUCGCUUGCAAUGAGACCAGCGCGGGCAGAGCCAGUGCAGAGUUCUAUGUCCAGUGCAGCUUGACUUCAGAGGAGGUCAGGAGUUAUUACCUGAGUGGGGGACCUGAGGCCCACGAGUCUACAGGAAUCAUCUUUGUGGAGACACAGAGGGUACAGAGACUGCAGGAGACGGAGAUGUGGGCACAACUCUGCCCCUCGGCCAAAGGCGCCAUCCUCCUCUACAAUCGCCAUCCACCUCUACAGUCAGGUGUUGGGAAGUCCCACCUGAGUCACCCUAGCGCCCCAGCCCUAUCACUGCAGCUCUGAAGACAAUAAAGGACUUUAUUCUUGU